UUAGGGCUCCUUCAAAUAAUUCUCAAUUUUCACCCGCGCGCCGUUUCAAAUCGAGGUUAGGGCUUCUUGUGCGAUCUCCGAAAAUUGUCUCCGGCGCCGCCAUCAGUAAGAUUUUAAAUCGAAGUACAUUUCAAAUAUCUUCUCCAAUGGAUAAAAAAGAUUUGAAAGAAAAAGAUUUCCCUCCCCCUCCGGAGGGUUGGACAUUGGAGUGCGGAAAGAAUCGGAACGGACAAUCGGUUAAGUGUUAUAGCAAUGUUUGUGGACAGAAAUUCUAUAGCAGGAAAGAUCUUGAUAGAUACAUUAUAUUCGCUAAAGAACGAGGAUUUUCGAUCUAUGAUCCGAAUUUUGAUGCAUCAAGUAUUAAAUCUACUCGAGGAAGAAAGAAGAAAUCUCCGGAAUCAACAGAAACUUCAAAUAAGUCUCCGGCAUCGACAGAAACUUCAAAUAAGAAAUCCAAAAAACCAAAGAAGGGUCCAAAAACUAAUAAUGGAAAGGCAUCGACCUUGAAACCUAAGGCAGUUGAGCAAGCACAUGAAAAUAUGGAUGUCGACGUUGCUUCAUAGCAACCUUCAAAUCAAGGUAAUAAUCUCGCAUGAUUCUUGAAUUUGGGGGGUGAAAAAAUGGUAUGUUCCUUUCUUUUUUACGAUGUUUUUUGGAUGUUGCGAACUAUUUUGGGAAAAGUAAA